GAGCACCUCCAAGGCAGACCAGGCACCAGACCUCGCUGAACGGAGCACCUUCAUUUUCUGAGUCCCUGUGGAUGGCAACCUGGUCGCCCUUGGAAUCCCACCUGAGCCUGUCCCCACCUCCCAACGCCACAUCCUGCGACAAUGUCCCCGAGGUCUGGGCAAUGCUGCACAGGGUGUUACCUACCAUCAUCAUCACCAUCUGCUCCCUGGGCCUGCUGGGGAACCUCUUCGUGCUCUCGGUCUUCCUCCUGCCCCUACGGAGGCAACGCCUCAGCGUGGCAGAAAUCUACCUGGCCAACCUGGCAGCAUCCGACCUGGUCUUCAUCCUGGGCCUGCCCUUCUGGGCCGAGAACAUUCGGAACCAGUUCCAGUGGCCCUUUGGGGAUGCCCUGUGCCGGGUGGUCAAUGGGAUGAUCAAGGCCAACCUCUUCAUCAGCAUCUUCCUGGUGGUGGCCAUCAGCCAGGACCGCUACCAGGUGCUGGUGCAUCCCAUGGCUAGCAGGAGGUACCCACGUCGACGAUGGGCCCUGGCCAGUUGUGCACUCAUCUGGCUGCUCGGAGGCCUCUUGAGCGUGCCCACCUUCGUGCACCGGGGCAUUAGCACCCUUCCUGAGCUGAACCUCACCGUGGUCUGUGUGCUGCGGCUGCCGCACAAGGCCUGGUACUUCAUGAGGAUCGUGGAGCUCAACGUGCUGGGCUUCUUGCUGCCACUGGUGGCCAUCAUCUUCUUCAACUACCACAUCCUGAGCUCACUUUGGAGGCGCAAGGCGGUGCCCCAACCAAGGGGUGCAGGCUCCACGGGGGGCAAGACCACUGCACUUAUCCUCACGUUGGUGGCUGCCUUCCUGCUCUGCUGGGCCCCUUACCACUCCUUCGCGCUCCUCGACUUCUUGUUCCAGAUGAAUGUCGUGCAAGGCUGCUUCUGGGAGAACUUCAUUGACUUGGGCUUGCAAGUGGCCAACUUCUUCGCUUUCAUCAAUAGCUGUCUCAAUCCCAUCCUUUACGUGCUGGUGGGUCGCCUCUUUAGGACCAAGGCCUGGGAACUCUACAAACAGUGCACCCCACGGGGCCUGGCCUCUGCUGCCACAUCCUCCCACAAUAAGGACAGUCACAUCUCUUGGAGGAAUUAGGCACAGCAGAGAUUGUCCAGAAGGGAAGGCGCUCACCAUGACACUUGCCUACCCCAGUUUGAAUCCAGCGUUGGGAAUGUUCCCCUGAUCACUUGCUAGGAGUGAUCCUGGAACUCAGAGCUAAAGAGUAAACCUUGAGUGGGGUCCCAAAACUAAAAACUGGGGAGGG